CAGUGGAUUUUCGCUUGAGGAAUUCGUUCUGAGGUUUUUUGGUUGAGAAUUCUUUGUGAAAAAGGGUGUUUUGCGAGGCAUUUGGGGCGCUACCAUGGAGGCUCUGAUACCCGUGAUCAACAAGCUGCAGGAUGUGUUCAAUACAGUGGGCUCGGACCUCAUGCAGCUGCCGCAAAUUGUGGUGCUGGGAAGUCAGAGUUCCGGCAAGAGUUCCGUGAUCGAGAGCCUCGUGGGCAGAUCGUUCCUGCCCAGAGGCACGGGCAUCGUGACCCGGCGGCCGCUGGUGCUGCAGCUCGUGUACUGCCCACUGGACGAUAGGGAGCACCGCUCGGCCGAGAGUGGCACGGUGAAUGUGGAGGAAUGGGGCAAGUUUCUGCACGUGAAGAACCGCAUCUUCACCGACUUCAAUGAGAUCCGGCGCGAGAUUGAGUCGGACACAGACAAGCUGGCGGGCGACAACAAAGGCAUCUGCCCGGAGCCCAUCAACCUGAAGAUCUACUCCACGAAGGUGGUGAAUCUCACGAUGGUGGACUUGCCGGGCAUCACGAAAGUGCCCGUGGGCGACCAGCCGGAAGACAUCGAGGCGCAGAUCAAGGAGCUCCUGUUCAAGUACAUUGAGAAUCCCAACUCGAUCAUCCUGGCCGUGACGGCGGCCAACACGGACAUGGCCACGAGCGAGAGCCUGAAGCUGGCCAAGGAGUGCGAUCCGGACGGUCGCCGGACGCUGGCUGUGCUCACGAAGCUGGAUCUCAUGGACGCCGGCACGGACGCCAUUGACAUUCUGUGCGGACGCGUGAUUCCAGUGAAGCUGGGCAUCAUUGGCGUGGUGAACAGAUCGCAGCAGGACAUAAUUGACCAGAAGAACAUCACGGAUCAGCUGAAGGACGAAGCGGCCUUCCUGCAGCGAAAGUAUCCCACUUUGGCCACGCGCAACGGCACUCCUUAUCUGGCCAAGACCCUCAACAGGCUGCUGAUGCACCACAUUCGCGACUGCCUGCCCGAUCUCAAGACUCGCGUGAAUGUGAUGAUGUCGCAGUUUCAGUCCCUCUUGUCGUCUUAUGGUGACGAUGUGAAGGACAAGAGCCAGACUCUGUUGCAGAUCAUCACGAAGUUCGCGAGCGCCUAUUGUGCCACAAUUGACGGCACGGCGAGGAACAUUGAGACGACGGAGUUGUGCGGAGGCGCGCGAAUAUGCUACAUCUUUCACGAGACCUUCGGGCGCACCCUCGACUCCAUUCACCCGCUCACGGGACUCACGAAGAUGGACAUCCUGACGGCCAUUCGGAAUGCCACGGGGCCGCGACCGGCGCUGUUCGUGCCCGAGGUGUCCUUCGAGUUGCUGGUGAAGCGGCAGAUCCGCCGGCUGGAGGAGCCGUCGCUGCGCUGCGUGGAGCUGAUCCACGAGGAGAUGCAGCGCAUCAUCCAGCACUGCGGCACGGAGGUGCAGCAGGAGAUGCUGCGCUUCCCGAAGCUCCACGAGAAGAUCAUUGACGUGGUGACGCAACUGCUGCGUCAGCGUCUGCCCACCACCAAUUGCAUGGUGGAGAACCUCGUGGCCAUUGAGCUGGCGUACAUCAACACGAAGCAUCCGGACUUCCACAAGGAGGCCGCCCUGGUGCCCAGCCUCAUGAAGAGCGAGAAUGUGGAGCCGUGGAUCACGCAGAAGGGUGUCAAUCGUCGGGAAUUGGCGAAGAAUGCCAUUCGAGAGGCAGCUCAGCAGCAGAAUCACGUGGAGAAUGACGAGGCGGCGCAGCAGAAUCACGUGGGCGAGACUCAGCAGAAUUGGCUGGCCAAUAUUCUGUCGCAGAAGGAGGCGCAGAAGACGGAGAGUCCCAUGGCGUCCAGUGGCAACACACCGACACACACCAGCGCCAUGAGUCCUCUGAAGCCCGUCAAUCUCCUUCCCGAUGUGCCCAUCAACCAUCCGGCGCGCAAACUCACAGACAAGGAGCAGAAGGAUUGCGAUAUUAUAGAGCGCUUAAUCAAGUCGUACUUCUACAUUGUACGCAAAUCAAUUCAGGAUUCUGUACCAAAGGCAGUGAUGCACUUCCUGGUCAACUACGUCAAGGAUAAUCUGCAGUCUGAGCUGGUGACUCACCUGUACAAGUCCGAUAAUGCCGAGGAGAUGCUGAAUGAGUCAGAUCACAUAGCAAUUCGCCGUCGUGAGGCCGCAGACAUGCUCAAGGCUCUCACACGGGCGAAUCACAUCAUAAGUGAGAUUCGAGAGACGCACAUGUGGUGAAUUGCUGAAGGCGUUUUAUAAAAACCACUAUAAGAAUAUUUUACCUUUAAAUUUAAAGUGAAACAAAAAAGAUUAGAAAACCGCGAUUAAUACACUUAAUCUGGAGGGAAAAUGCAUUGAUGCUAAUUGUUAGAUGACAAGAUUUACAGAUAAGAUAUAAAAAUUAUUUAUUGACAAGUGCGACAACUUUCUUAAGGUAGAUCAACACGUGGCUGUUUUUUUCCUUCCUGUUUUCUUGUAAAUUGCAUACUAUUUUGAAGAGAGAAUGUGUGAAGAAGAGAGCAGUGUGUAAGGAAAACUCUCGAAAUGUUCUUCAAAUCAUUAAGAAAAAAAAGUCUUUGUUGAAUCAUGCAUUUGUUCACCAAAUCACAAUUAGUGAAUGUAAUAAUGUAGAUUUUUUUUAAGUUUCUCCCUUUGCUUUUGCAUUUUCAACGACAUUUUUAGGAUUAUGCGCUUAAGAAUUGGCAAACAGUGAGAAUAUGUAGAAAUUGUAAUUGUAGUUUUCAGGCAUCAUUCCCAAGUUUUAGAUCAAUCCAUUCUUCGAGGUAUAAAAUGAACAUUGUUGGACAUCCUAUUCGCCACCAAUAAAUAUUUGGAAUUGUAAAUU